UGAUGUGGUCUUAGCGCCUCAUCUCAUUUGAAAAAGAAUAAACUGACUAAACGGACAUAACCUAUUUUUCUGUUUUGUUUAAUUAAAAUUAAUUGCCGUUGCCGUUUCCUUAGGCCCGUUUGCAUUUGCUAAAAAGUUUUAGCAGCUCAGUUUAAUAAGGUGAAGAUAGAAUGUCGGAUCCAGGCCCCUCUACUUCCGAUAAUCAAAACCAAAUCGCCCAAAAGACCUGGGAAAUGGCAAAUAGUGUUGAGCUCGUCAGUACUAUAGAUGAAGUUUACAAAUACAAUAAAAAGCAACAGCAGGAUAUUUUGGCUGCUAAGCCUUGGGACAAAGACCCUCACUUCUUCAAAGACAUCAAAAUAUCGGCCCUGGCGCUUCUAAAAAUGGUCAUGCAUGCAAGAUCAGGAGGAACCUUAGAAGUUAUGGGCCUUAUUUUGGGUAAGGUAGAUGGAAACACAAUGCUUGUAAUGGAUUCAUUUGCUUUGCCGGUGGAAGGAACCGAAACAAGAGUAAAUGCUCAAGCACAAGCUUACGAAUACAUGAGCUCUUAUAUUGAUGCUGCUAAAUUGGUUGGAAGACAAGAGAACGCAAUAGGCUGGUACCACAGUCAUCCAGGCUAUGGUUGUUGGUUGUCUGGUAUCGAUGUUAGCACUCAAAUGCUAAACCAAAACUUCCAGGAGCCUUUUGUUGCUAUUGUUAUUGAUCCAGUGCGUACUAUUUCAGCUGGAAAAGUUUGCUUGGGAGCUUUCAGGACUUAUCCAAAGGGUUAUAAACCCCCUAAUGAAGAACCAUCUGAAUACCAAACCAUACCUUUGAAUAAAAUUGAAGAUUUUGGUGUACAUUGCAAGCAAUACUAUGCUCUGGAUGUAUCCUACUUCAAAUCCUCGCUUGACAGAAGAUUGCUGGACUCCUUAUGGAAUAAGUACUGGGUUAACACCCUUAGCACAUCCAGCCUCCUUACAAAUGCUGAUUAUACUACUGGACAAAUAUUCGAUUUGUCUGAAAAACUUGAGCAAUCUGAGACAGCAAUUGGUCGUGGAUGUUUUGUUGUUGGGCCAACAGAUCCCAAUGAAAAACGUACUGAAGAUAAAUUAAUGAAAGCUUCCAAAGACAGUUGCAAAACUUCCAUUGAAGUAAUCCAUGGGCUUAUGGCGCAAAUGAUUAAGGAUAGGCUGUUUAAUGGGUUUACUGAGAAUAAUAGCCCGGAAAAUACUAAUGUCUAAAAAUUAUUUUCUUGUUUUAUAGAAUAAGGUUGUUCAGAAAGUAUUUAGAAAACUAGUUUAUUUUAUGUAUCUUAUUCUUUUAAUAUGUUUGCCGCUAAUUGUUAGCAUUGUUUUGUAUCAAACCAGAAGCAGUUUUGGAACCAGUGAUACGAAAAUCCUAUUUUUGAGAAAUAAAAAAACUUGUAUGAAAAACAA